AUGCGGGCACUGGAUUUGCAGGACGACAAGGGGAAGAUUGGUCAAGCAGAAUACAACGUCAAAUUCGAAGGGAAUGUUGCUGCUACCGGCGAUCUCGAAGCGAUGUCAGAUGCAAACCGUAUUCGGGAGACCGAUGCCCCAGUCACGGCUGACGGUAGUGGCCGUCCUCUCUCAUCAAGCCAGCUACCGAAACCUCGUGAAUCUCUGCUUCGGUCAUUGUCUCGCCACGUCGACUCCCCUGCACCCCGUCAAACCAAGACCUCAGCGCUGAGACUUCAUCAGGCAAAAACGAUCGCAGUAUCCGUUGCAAAGAAGCCAGAAAGUAGUACUCAUAUUCCUUCUGAUUCUGAGGGGACUGGAUCUGCCUCUUUUUCACGUUCCAAGCAGUCUUUUCCUGGAGGCCCGAUCCGUACAAAUUCUCGUGGUCGUUAUGGGGUCACAGGGCGAGGCUCCCCAUACACCAUACCUUCCCGCUCAAAGUCGAUUCAAAAGUUAGCGACAAGAGCUGGGACAUGCACUGAGCGAAGAACAUUUCGCAGUCCAGCCACCAGUCAAGGUCUCGAUCUUGCCCAGUAUGGAGCCACACACCAGCAGCCUUCAGCGAGAGAAAUGAAUCGCAAGAGUUCCCUUCCUUUGCCGACUCGACUUACACGUCCAUCAUUGGACGAAAGCAUCGAAGGGAUCCUGCGCCAAACCGUUCCUUCAGAGCCGUUCAUGAAUUCCAUGGUAGGCAAGCAUCCCGUGGCAGAUGACGUCCCAAGUCAUCCUGUGAAAGCAUUUGCCAUCAAUGGAGUCAACCAGAACAACGAUCUUUCUCGAGCUACCCCCAAAGAUAAAGGCAAACUUAUGGACGUCAGAGAAGUGUUAUCCACAACGGCUCCUCGCGAUGACGAGUCCUUCGUUGAUAGUGAUGGGGAGUCAGGAGUCAGCAUCCAUGGCUACGAUUCUUUUGGAGGCUAUCGAGUCCGACGUAUUCUGAAUGGGUCUAGGAUGGGUCCGACUCUUCGCAUCACAGACUCUGCAAGUCGAGUGCUGCUGGGCCAAGACGACAAAAACACAUUGAGGAAGCGAAGUCCCAAGUCUGCUUUGAAACACAAGGGAAGCGCUCCUCAUAUUGGCUCUCCACGCAUGGCAAAAGACCAGAUCAGACGAUCCAGCGCCAUCUUCGGCCGCUCGAUGUCUGUUGUGAGAAACCUCGCAGAUCGGCCCUCAAACCAGCUGAAACAUGCAGACCAAGACGAGACUCGGAAUCUCAUUGGUGAGGAUAGCUCUGUGGACACCGUUGUGCGAGCAGAGCUACCUAAUAAUAACAUCGAUACUGAACAUGGUUUGCUCCUGGGCUCCCACAUGGACCUCAGUGGCACAGAAGGGAAUAAGGAGGCCGUUGUUUCCCAGACAACUCCAACCUCUAUUCAGAGUGACUGGCCCUGCAAAGACUUUGCAAGUUUCGAACCGUGCUCUGACCAUGAUGCUAUUGCCGCGAAACAGAAGGAAAACACCUCCAGCAGUGCGGCUGAUGAACUCAUCACGAAACGUCCUACACCCAGCUCAUUGUCCCGGCCACCUACCAUUGUCUUGCGUACCGCCCCGAAUAAAGAAACAGCACCUUUCUUAUUCCAGGACCUUGGACAAGAGCAAGCCAAACAGGAGAAACUCGUCAAUGAUCUCGCGAAAGCGACACAUGACGAGGCGGCAAUAAUUUCGGGGCCUCAAAGUACUACCCCUUUCCCACCACGUACUUCGUCACGGAAGCCCAAACCACCUCCAAUCAUUGUCUCUCCACCUGAGCGUCACCUUCCUGCAAUCAGCUUCCUCCCGCAGCGAGCACCAAAAGCAUACGCGGUUAGCCAGGAUAACAUUAAAAAGCCACGCAAUGUAAAGACCUUUUCCCAGAGCAUCUCUCCCCGCACUGACUCCGUCAAGGGACGGAAGAUAUCACACGUGCUAGCACAUAGUCCCUCGAGUUCCAGCAAGAAGAAAGUCAUCUCCAAUAUUCGAGGCCUGUUCCACAAGAGGUCGGUGGAGUCGAAUAAAGCAACAACGGCUGUCGUUGAGACCACCACCGUGUCGGAAGAGAUGAACUCGCAGCCAGGUAGGCCAGCUGGUGCGCCCGGAUCUCUACGACGCAAAACAGUUCCAGCUUCAACGUCAGCAGAUGCGGAUGAUAAGAGGGCGAGUCCACCACUUCAAGUGAAUGCUAGCGGCAGUGGGCAACCAGGACAAGUUAGCCCGAAGUUGACUCAACCUGGCCUACCGAAUUCCGACUAUCCACGCUUCCCUUGCGGAAACCAGGCGACAGAACCACGCCUUGAGCUCGGUCGCACGGACUCAAGAGCACCGAAGCGGAAGAAUCCCUUGAUUAGCCCGACUACUCCUUUCACGGCAAACCUCAACACAUCAAUGUAUCCAAGUUCGCCUCUCCCAAGCAGUGCAGUUGCCGCUAACGCAACGAUAAACAAGAUGGUCUCUCCCACCCUUCACGCCCAUCCACAAGCACGAUCGCCAGCAACUUUAUCGCCAACCAUUCCACAGACACUAGCUGCCACGACAAGCAUGACCCACUCUCUCCUAGAUCUCGCGCGCACCUCGGCUGACCCUAACCGCAAGGCACGCCUUAUUCAACUCUCAAAGUGCAUGGUUGAAGUCGUUGGUUCGGCCAGAGACGCGGAAAAGGCAAUGGAGAAGGCCAGGAUGGAGGCGAGCCGCGCGGAGUGUGCAUGGUUGAAAUGUUUGAAGGAGAUUGGACAGGUGGAAGGUCUGGUUAGGGGUCUGAUUGAGCCCGAGACAAUGAGGAAGUGA